AUGGCUGCAAUAGAUCUGCAAGAAAAGGAUUUAUUAAAAAAGCUUCCAUCUGGAAGACAGAAGUUCUCAAAAAAGUCUGCAAAAGAGCAUCAUAGCAAGCAUCGGGGCAGGAAGAAGUUGGAAGUCAUAGUGUGCAUUUUGCUUGUGGAACUUUGUGAGAGAUUCACAUUCUAUGGAAUUGUGUGCAAUAUGAUUCUCUUUUGCACUGUAAAACUUGGCUACAGCAACUAUGAAGCUGCGACCAUCAAUCUGACAUUUGUCGGAGUAAGCACUCUUGCUCCAGUGUUUGUGGGCCAGUUUGCUGAAUUUUGUUUAGGGAGGACAAAAGUUUUGUAUUCAUGUGCCUUCCUCCAUUUUAUAGGUACUGCAAUGUUGCCAGUGGUUGCCUUCCCUUUUGAAGACUUCUACAUUGACACCAACCACAUUGUUCACUCACUGGCCAAGACAGAGCAGAUGAUGCUUUUCUAUGUUGGCUUGCUGUCGGCAUGCCUGGGAAUCGGAGGGAUCAGGGCAAUCCUCUGCCCCCUGAGUGCCUACAGGCUAAAGCACUACAACCAGCACGAGCUCCUGUCUUUCUUUAAUUGGUUUUACUGGCUUGUGAACCUGAACUCUGCAGUUGUGUUUGUUGGCAUUGCAUACAUUCAGCAGUCUAUAGCCAAAAAUCUUGGCUUCCUCAUUCCUUUUACAUCAGUUUUAAUGGCUCUCAUCACAAUCCAUAUGGUGCGCAACAAUUUAAUUGUUCAUCCUAAGAAAGGACAGUCGUUACUUUCAACAUUUGGUGUAUUCCUGAGUUCUUUGAAGUUGGGUUGUCUUCAUUAUCGUUACAUAACUGGAGAGUUGACUAGCUGGUUGGAUUGGGCUAAAGAGAACAAUGGAGGCUGCUAUAGCGAAACCCACGUUGAAAACAUCAAAAUCUUGGUCAAGUUGUUCCCAUUAUUUGCAUUACAACUUCUAUAUCGUGCUACUGUUACUCAGAUUCCUUCUGGCUAUUAUAUACAAACUCUCAACUCAAACCUAAAUCUGAAAGGGUUUCUUCUGCCGAUUGCUGCCAUGAACGUGAUCAGCAUCAUACCAUUGCUAGUUAUCGCCCCUCUUCUAGAAUGCAUAGCAGCUUGUCUUUUAUCAUGGCAGAAAUAUUCAUUGUCACCGACCACACUGAUUGUUUCUGGUCACCUGUGUGCUGCCCUCUCCGCCUCUGUUGCUGGCUUCUCUGAACUACACAGGAAGUGCUACCCUACUAUGGAGCAAGUGAUUUCUGGGAAAGUUCUCCACGUCUCCUCCAUGCCCUGUUUCCAUCUGGCUCCCCAAUAUAUGUUACUAGGCAUAUCUGAAACCCUGGUCAACCCAGCUUGUUCACUUCUAGCUUUCCGAUUGACUCCCAGUAGCAUUCGUGGGAUCUCCUCGCACUUCCUAACUUUGUCCAAUGGAGGAGGCUGCUUUCUUGGGGCUUUCAUUAUUCAAGUAAUGUAUCUGGCGUCAGGAGGUUUUUACUUUCCAGACACUUUAGCAGAAGGCAAAAUGGAAGUUUUUUUCUUCUUGUUAGGCACAAUGAUGACUAUAAAUGCUGUCAUAUUCUGGAGCAUUUCUUCCAGGUACAAAAACCUGAGUCAAGACCCGGACCAUGGAGUUAAAAGCAGCGUACUUGCAGAGAAGCUUGUGCAGCAUGAACAUUCGCUCAUGUUUUACGACAGUGUUGGCGAGUGCACAUAUACGCCGUCGUCUACAGAGUUGACUUUGUAG